AACUGUUCGGUAAAGUGCGUGAAUACCAACGAGUGUGAUUUUUGCAGCGCGAGCCGAAGGCGAGCGUUGCAAAGCACACGAGUUGGUGUUCACGUACAUUUGCCGAAUCGUUGAGUAAUAUGUUUUACUUAAUUAGUAUAGGUAAAGCUCUCAGUGCCUCACUGUUUAAAACAAGGCAGUUGUCUUUAAGUCACUAUGCGUACAAAAUUACACAAAAAUGUAAAAAAAAUUACAAUUGUAGUUCUUUAAUUAUUUAUCUAAAUGGCAACCCUGCUUUACAUUCGAAGCGUGUUUUUCAGUAGAUAGAAAAGAUAACGUACGUACAUGUGGUAGUGAUUUUGAUUUCUUGAAUAUGAAUUUCUUUCUUCUUAUUCGUUUAAUUUUGAAAUAAAGCAAUGGGUGUUUGAUUUUUAUCUAUCAGAAAAUGAAUUCCGUUUUGUUUUAGUUUAUUUAUUCACAAAAUCAAUUUCGAUUUUUAGUAUUUACAUUAAAAUGUGAAGUGAUGAUAACAAAGUGAUGUGAAUUUUACUGAAGUACGUAGUAGUUUAGUUAUGUACUCGUACAUACAAUUUAUUCUUCAAAAAAGAAUUUUAAAACAUGGUUACUUGAUAUCUUUUGAACACAAAUUUCAUCGAAUACCUUCGAAUGAACUGGCUGAAAGUAGAUUACAGAUUUACGUACAUGUGAUUUCUUACUUCUUUGAGUGAAUUUUACUUCGUUUAGUUCGUUUAGUUUUGAAAUAAAUCGUGGAUGUUCAAUUUCUAUCUAGGUAUCAGAAAAUGAAUUUUGUUUUGUUUAUAAUGUGAUGAUAACAAAGUGAUGUGAAUUUUACCAAAGUACUUAUAUACUCAUAUUAUGUAUUACCGUUUAUUCUCGAAAUUAGUUACACUUCACUUGAUCAUUCUCAAUGUGUGUUUUGUUUGUAAAUCAACUCUCCCAAGGAAUUAUCAACAGGUUUCCAAAAAAUCCGAACGAUAGAAAACUUUGGUUAGAGAAGUGUGGUGUUGACAUAUCAACUCCGAUAUCCUCUAACGCUCGGCUAUGUAGACAACAUUUUAAGGAAAAAUAUAUCAGACAUGUCAAUGAUCGUUAUAUAUUGAAGAAGGGCGCGAUUCCCAACAUAAAAGUUGAUCCAGGAAAAAUUCGAAAAGCUCGUCGAUACCAAGAUUGUUGUUACAUAUGCGGUGUGGUAUAUUCAGACUCUUUUCAUCUAAUCCCUAAAGAUGAGAAAAUCAGAGUAGCAUGGCUCAGAAAUCUUGGAAUAACGAUUGGCGAUUUUAACUCUGUACCCACCACCAGGUUGCGUCUAUGUAAUUCACAUUUCUCAGCAGGUGAUAUCACUUGGCAUCCGUACGCGUUGAAGCGUAAAUUACGACCAGGAGCUAUGCCUUUUCGGGUAUCACGGAAUUCUGAAAAUAACGAAACUGGACAAUCAACAUCAAGCUCGAAAGCGAACUGUUCUAAGGAAUUAUCUGAGAAUUCCGAAGUGAUUUCCGUUUCAAGAGAACUUGUAGAAAAAGAAGGAUCUGAUCAGUCGACUACUUCGUCAAAGAAGGAAAUCGUUACUCCUACUAUGACAGACUUGACUUCUAAAGGUGUCCCAGUUUCUAGUACUCUUGAAUGCGAGCUACAGGAAAAGAACAAACGCAUUCGGCGAUUGGAAAAAAAAAACACGCGAUUAGAAGAAGAAAACACGCGAUUAGAAAAAUUAUCAACGUCGUACGCAGAUGGGCUCUGGUAUUUGUUCUUGGAGAUCAAAGAAAGAGACGAACGCAUUGAUCUUCAUCGAAGUGUGCUUGAUGACUUGCUUAAGAAAAACUUUGUUACGAAAGAAGGAAAGCAGAUGAUAAAAAUAUUCAGACAAACCUUAGAAAACCCAGUACAGUGAUGGUUAUAUUUUUCCGCGCCAUGUUAUAGAAAGCCAUACGGUAUAAGUUAGAAAUGUUGUUUUAAUUUUUAAGGCGUAUUACUUCAUUUUGAUUUUGUAUUUACGUUAAGUUACUUUUUUGUAUUUUUCAAUAAUUCACUGACAGCCCAAUUUAACGAAUUAAUCAACGGAAUUAUUCAAGUCUCGCAUUUAAAUCGCCUUUUAGUUUUUAAAUCACACUGAUUUUUGGCGAUGAACUGAUUUAUUAACAAUAUAGUUUCUCAUUUUUCGGUUGUAGUUUUUAAUUGUUCAAAUUCCAGUAGUGUUAGUUUGUUUUUGGCUGUGGGAAAUUUGUAUUGUUUUUAUUAUACGAAGAUUUUUUAUUAUGUUUGUACUCCUUUUUAUACUAAUAAAUGUUAUGAUAAAAACUGUU